CAACGAGAGUUUCUCGGGAAAUGGAUUCCCAGGACCUACCAAGAUAACGGAGAGGGAAAAAUUGUCAGGAUGCAAGAUGGCAAAUUUUAUUGGUUUGUUACACCAUGUUAACAACGUGAGAUGGAUAACAAGAUGCUAAAAGCAACCGACUGCAAUCAAGUACGUAAUCCAGAGAGCUGAAAAUUGAGACCGACAGAGAGAGAGAGUCACUGCGUGUGCCCUGCUUGAAAUGGAAGUGAAACAGUCGAGCACCACUGCUGGGAAGCCAAUCAGAUGCAGAGCUGCGGUUGCUCGGACGGCAGGAGAGGCUCUGACAAUAGAGGAGGUGAUAGUGGCCCCUCCAAAGCCAUACGAAGUUCGCAUCCGAAUCAUUUGCACUUCUCUUUGUCAAAGCGACAUCACCUUCUGGAAGCUGAAGGAGCCUCAUGGAAUUUUUCCAAGAAUCUUUGGUCACGAAGCUGCUGGGAUUGUGGAGAGUGUUGGGGAGGGCAUAGAAGAGGUAACUGAAGGAGACAUUGUCAUCCCAACAUUCUUGUCAGAUUGUGGAGAAUGUGUGGAUUGCAUAUCCAAGAAGAGCAACCAAUGUUCAAAGUAUCCUUUUGAGAUCUCUCCUUGGAUGCAUCGAGAUGGGACGAGCAGAUUCACUGAUCUUGAAGGAGAGACUUUAUACCAUUUCGCAUAUGUAUCAAGUUUUAGCGAGUAUACAGUGGUAGACAUUUCUCAUGUAACUAAAAUCGAUCCUGCAAUGCCACCAAAUAAGGCAUGUCUCCUCAGUUGCGGAGUAUCAACGGGGGUGGGUGCUGCAUGGAGAGCAGCAAAUGUUGAACCAGGAUCCACUGUUGUUAUUUUUGGGCUGGGAGCAAUUGGACUAGGGGUCGCAGAGGGAGCAAGGCUAUGUGGAGCUACAAGAAUUAUUGGUGUAGAUGUAAACCCAGACAAAUAUGAAAUAGGAAAAAAAUUUGGAAUCACCGAUUUUGUGAACUCAACAAGCUGUGCGAAUAAGUCUGUGAGUGAGGUGAUAAAUGGGAUGACCAAUGGGGGUGCAGACUAUUGCUUUGAAUGUGUGGGUUUGACAUCCUUGAUGGAAGAAGCAUUUGCUUGCUGCCGAAAGGGAUGGGGAAAGACAGUUAUUCUGGGACUGGAAAAGCCAGGGCAACAAUUGAGCCUCAAUUCUCUUGUGGUCCUUCAUAGUGGGAAAACCCUCUUUGGAACCUUGUUUGGAGGUCUCAAACCAAAAUCUGAUAUUCCACUUCUUGUUAAGCGCUACAUGGACAAGGUAAUUGAAAAUUUAACUUAACCCAUUACUUCUUACUGCACAUUCAAGCUUAUCGAGCAAUUUAUAUGUUUACACGAGUUGGCAUUGCCCCUAUUCUCGUUUGCUUUUUAUGUAUUGAUCUACACAUUUGAAGGAGAAAAAAAGUUGUACAUUUCAAGGGGAUAAUUAUAUAACGGGAAAGAAGAGGGUGAGCUUAGGAGUACUUAAAGAGCAAAAACCAAGCUGUGAUAGAAGUUAGGAGCUCCGCUUUCUUCUAUUUUUCUUCUGGUUGAUUUGAGCAGGAAGGAAGGGAUUUCUCCUAACAAUAAGAGAUGAUCAUCCUUUCCAUUUUAUGUUUUUUUCCCGGAUUACUUUUAUUUUUGUUCACUCUUUCAGGAACUGCAACUGGAUGGAUUUGUGACCCAUGAGUUGAGCCUUGAAGAGAUUAACAAAGCAUUCGGUUUGCUUCUUGAAGGAAAAUGCAUCCGAUGUGUUAUUUGGAUGAACAAAUAAAAAACCUUCUCUCAAGUUAUAUCCCGUGAAAUGCACUUCUGUAAUUGUUCCUUGAGAUAAACUUAGCCAAAUAAAUUAUAUAUAUUAUAUUAUCUGUGCUAUCGGAUCAAGGGAGGAUCCAUUUGAGCUUUGUCUAUUUCUUGGCUUCAAGUGUUUACUAUUCAAUAUCCACGUGUGGGUUACGAGUGUUAUUAUUGUAUAUGUCCGUGCAGAUUUUCGCACAAUAGUUAAAGUAGGAAUAAAUAUCUCUCACGACGAACUGUGGUUCACAAG